AUGUUCAAGUUAAGCCGCCAAUUGCAGGGACACGAGCAGGACGUCCGUGGCGUCACCCACUUGCGGGAUAACCUGCCGGUGCUGUGCUCGCGCGACGGCACCGUGCGCCAGUGGCAUCCAGACAACCUGGGGCUGAUCCUCACCACCAGCGGCACCAACGCAUUCAUCAACUGCGUCAAUUUCACCGUGGCCGACAAUUUAAUUGCUUGUGGCGGCCAGGAGGCGAUUGUCUACAUGCUCAAGCCCGACGAGCCGAGCCAGGAGCCCGAGUUCGCCCUCGUGGGCCACCAGGGAAACAUCUGCAGCGUGCGGUCGCUGUUGACGACCAACCAGCUCAUCCUGAGUCUGUGGGACGGCACCGCCCGCGUGUGGUCGCUUGCCGACUUCUCCGAGGUCCACGUGCUCCAGGGACACCCGCUGGCGGUGUGGGACGCCAUCAUCUUGGGCGAGGACCGCUACGUCACCGCCGGCGCCGAUAAAACGAUCAGAUUGUGGCACCAGCACAAGGAAGUGGGACAAUUGGUUGGCCACACCGACGUGGUGCGGUCGUUGGUCAAGAUCGACGCCACCCACAUCGUGUCGGCCGCCAACGACGGCUCCAUCAAAGUGUGGGACGUCGAGUCCAGACAGUGUGUCAGAACUUUAGACGGCCACGAGCUGUUUAUCUACAGUUUAGCCUACGACGCCGAGUCCAAGCGCCUUGCCAGUGCCGGCGAGGACCGGCUGGUGAGACUCUGGGACUUGGGCCUGGUCGAACCGAAACAGGUGAUCACGUUACCCUGUGUCUCGGUAUGGUGCGUCGACUUCGACAACAACGGCGACUUGCUUGUGGGGCUGUCCGAUAACUAUCUCAGAGUGUUCUCUGCUGACCCUAGCCGCUAUGCCACGGAGGCGGAACUCAUCUCGUUCGCUGAUGCCGUCAAGGAGAGUACCAUCGCCGAACAGCUGUUGAGCCAGAUUAACCGCACUGACUUGCCUGGCUACGAAGCGCUUGAAAAGCCCGGUAAACUGGAAGGGGCGACCAUCAUGGUGAAGUCUCCUGAAGGAAACAUCGAGGCUCACCAGUGGAGUGGCGGCUUGUGGACGAAGAUCGGUGACGUUGUCGGUGCCACCAAGGACUCGCAAAAGCAAGAGUAUGGUGGCAAACAGUGGGACUAUGUCUUUGACGUUGACGUUGAAGACGGUAAGCCUCCACUUAAGUUACCUUACAAUGUUAACGAAAACGCCUACGCUGCCGCGGAACGGUUCCUCGCUGAUAAUGACCUUCCGACAUCUUAUCGCGAGGAAGUGGUGAGAUUUAUCGAAAAGAACACCGCUGGUUUCAACAUCGAGCAACAACUGGGUUACGAUCGCGCCGCUGACCCCUACAUGAACACUCAGGCUACAUCGCAACCCCAGAAAAAGUCGCCAACUCCGCUGGUAAUUCCGUCUCAAGAAGCGGUCUACUUCUCCGAUUUCAAGCUGGAGCAACUCGCAAAGGGUUUGGCCAAAUUCAAUUCGCUGGCACCUACGGAUGUCCAAUUAUCACUGCUGGAUCUGGACGAAAUCAACCAAGCUCUCAAAGCUGUGCAUGCCAAGGGGUCCCACUUGAUUGACACAGGGUUGUACAUCAUCGACAAGUGGCUGCCGGAUGCCGCCGUGAUCGGGUUGGACUUGAUCAGAGUGUCGCUUGCGUAUGUCCCUCUGUGCUACGAUAAGGUCAACCAAGCCCUCAUCAAGGUUUUCGGUCUGAGUCCUCUGACCAUGGUGGGGAUGAUGGCACUCAAGGUGCUUAACAACUUGGCGAACUUCCUUCCUAUCAAAGACCUGGAAAUAGCGGCGGCCGGUAAUUUCAUCAAGAGUUGCGACAAAACACACAAGCAGUACGGCGCGGCGUGCACGGCGUACGCCACUCUCAUUUACACUCUUUCGAGCGAGCAAGCUCGCUCCAACCUUGCCUUCACCGCCGCUGACGAAGUGGUGGAGCUGGGGAGCGAAGCCGCCUACAGAGUGCUAAUUGCGUAUGGUAACUUGAAGCAUGCUGGAAAAGCUGGCGAUGUCCCGCCGUGGGUAUCUACUGCUUUCACCAAGUAUGGGUCUGAGCCAAGAUUCCAAACGUUAAAGAAGGAGUUGGAGGCAUUGAAGUGA